AUAAAUAAGGAGAGAUUUGUCAUCGUAAAGGUAGUGUCUUAAAAAUCAACGCGAGACAGAGAAGUAAAACAGAAGAGGUAGCUGGUUUACAUCAUUUUCAACUUGGCUAGUCGUCAUUGUGAAAAGACUCAAAACCAAAACAAACACAAAUCUGUUAAAGUUGGUGCUGUGAACGUAAGAAGCUCUUCUCGCGCAAAGUUUCAAUCUCAUCUAUAUAAAUCUCAAUCUCCAAAAAACAAACCGUCGUUUCAAGCUGUACUGCCUGCCAGACAACAUUCAUAUUUCAAAUAACUUGAACCUCAGCCUGUGUGACCACCACCGUGAAAGACCAACACCACCACCAUGCAAUCCUCACAUCUCGCCAGCUUUAAAUCAUCUUGCCUCCUUGUCGUCGUCUUACUGUGCUGUCUAAGCAUGGCAUGGGCAGGUGUCGUGUCGAGGAGAACACCACACAACGCUCAAAAGCUUCAACGUGAUCUCGACACCGUCGCUAGUAGUAGUAGUAGUAGUAGUAGCAAGUCGCCCUCCAACACUAACAGCAAGUCCGCGACGACGGAGAGCCAGACGAGGAAUUCCAGACUAAUCAGCCAUAACGUCAUUAUUACCCCGUCACAACAGAGGGAACUGUUGGAGAAGGGCGAGACAACUAUACGCUUAUCAUCUCAAGUUCACAUCAACCAAGACAGAGAUAGCAAAAAGGCAUUCCACCGGAUCGUGAGGCGACAAACCCACAGGGAGUGCUCCGUUGAAGUGGUCGAGAUUUCCCUCCAUACGGGAUCUUGCAUCAGACUCGGCUCAAAUGUUACCGGUUGCCAGACUGAUCGAGUUUUAGACUUGUACCACCCAAAUUGUCUUGACGUUUAAAACUAAAGAACAUAAUCUUUCUGCGCUUUGUGUGGUGCAUUUUCGUGCAAAAGUCUGAAGGCUUUUGCUUCGUUUGUAUUUUCGUACUACGGUCUGUAUUUGAUAGUUCUUUGACACAGUCUGCGGUUUUCUCUAUCACAAAAUUUAAUAGACCAAAUGUGAUUUAAGCAUUACUGCAAAUUAAACCCAACUGCAAAGAAAGCCCAACUUUGCGAAUUGAGUGUAUUUGGCUUUGGCUGUUGGUAAUGUUAAAAGCAAAAUUCCUUUUCCCAAACUCCAAGCUUGACUGCCACAGCGUCUUGGCUAUGGCUGUUGAAGCAUGUGAAGUCCAAAAUCACGAAGCCAAAGCCGUAAAUUCACAGAUGGUCAGUUUCGUUCAAACCGAGGUUGGGAAAAUUGUAUGAGUAUGGCCCCAUUAUUCACUGUAAAAAAAAAAAGCGUUUUCUGUGUAACACUGAUGGGUACAAGUAUGCACAAUGCGGUCAAUAUUCGGUUAAAUGACAAUUUUGAGUGUACCUCUCACUCGGUAAAACUUUAAUACACAAGGAUAAGAGUAAUACAUUAGGCCUACCGAAAAUUGGGUAGAAAAUAAAAUAGCAUAAUGGUGAUGUUGCAAGGCGUUGAUGUUUGAUGUUCAUGUACCCAAAGUUGCAAGAGAAAAUUUGGCUUUAUGUUCGAUAACCAACAGUCAAAAAAAAGGGGAAAAGCUUAAUGAAUCAAGAAGCCAUGAAUUUCCAUGGAGCUUCAUUCACUUUGCAACAUGUAGAUUUCGUCACUGACAGUUUGAACUGCCACUAAAAGAUUAUGACAUAGUCUACUAGCAAGAUUGCUUUCACUGCCAAACACCCAUUUUUCGAUUACCUUUCUGCCCAGAGUGUAUCAAUCUGUAAACUGUUAUGACUAGUGUUUAAGUUGCCACCCCCCCCCCCCCCCCCCCCAUCUGUAUAACUAUUUGGGGGCUUUCUGGCUACUCGGUUAACAAAAGCUGUAAUAUUGAUGUAUUUUCAUAACAUGCCUUUGUUCAUUGGAUAUUUCAUUGAAUCGAUGAAGGUGCAUUAUAUUGUUGUAUUUGUAAAUAUAAUUUAUCAAACCUACUGUAAAUAAAUAUUGGUAACUAUUAUUAUUAUUAUUAUUAAUUAUGAAAUCGUAUUCCAAGUACUAUUUGAUACAAAGCAUGUAGUUACUUUACAAAGCAGGUUUAUCUUAAGUUAUGGAAUCUAAACACAAUAUAUCUGAGCAAACAAAGCGAAUGGGAGAUAGAUACAGCAUUGUUUAAUAAAGCGUUACGGAGUGUGUACCUGAGAGCUAAAUAAAUCCACAUAAUUCAGUGACAUGAAACACUGUGUGGACUUGUACAUGUCCACAGAGUGUAUGCAACACAGACCUGCAUGGGCCUAGAUGAGGGUUUGUGAAAACCAUACCUUUUACAAGAAAAGCAUCAUAUUUCUCGGUAUGGGUGUAUUAUCAUGUUGGUCUAAACUUAAAGUGUAAGAGCAAUUAACCUCAACUUGUUAUUUAUACUUCACGAAUCUUACUUUCUCACAAAAAGAAGAAGAAUUUGUUUUAUAGUGUUGUGUAGAACGAAGAAAAUUGUGGAUGAAUUGACCUUUAUAUGUCUCGUCCCUGGGACAAAAGUUGUUUACGUGUACAAGCUCAUUGCGGCAACCUGAGAAAAAAUUCAAGAUAUAAAUAAAACGAAUCGAAAGAUAGCCACAUGAAUUUACUUGCUCUUCAUUCCAAGUUUUGUGCGCCAUUUUGUUGGUAUCCAUGAUGACAUACAACCUAUCUUUGUCGUUUUUGGCUUUCCAUCCAUUUAAAAACACAGGUCAAAACAAAUGCUGUGCAUCCUUUCCUCUUUUUUUUGACAAACUGCAAUUGUAUGCCUGUGUUUUUUCCCUAAAACGAACUAAUAAGUAGAAGCUAGUCUUGUCACAAGACGGGCGGGUAGGGUUUGGUAGUGGAGUGUGUAUACACUCUCGUUUGACUAGACUUGUAGACAAGUCGCAAGUCGCGUAGAGGCUACUACUCUCACGACUACGGAUCGUAGUCGUGAGAGCAGUAAUCUCACACAGGAGUGCCGUUUCGAUAUCACUGCGAUUAAACGACAUAUCCAAAAGCUUACUUGUUGACCAGAAAUCAUUCGCUAAGAGGGCGCGCUAUAAUUACAAAAUACUAUUGAGCUAAAGAUUUCACUACAACAGGGUGAUGGAGACAUUUGAAAGUCACUGUGAAGUUAAGCUAGGCCAUGUAUACAUAUUUUGGAUAAUCAAUGACUCUUGACCAAUGUGACUAUAAAACCUGCUCAAUUUGGUGUUAGUUUUUUGUUAAUCAAUUAAUGUAUAAAA